AUGAGGACAGCGUUCCUUUUUGGUCGCCAAUGCUUCCGCCCAGGCCUCCCUAAACUCGCCGCCCGCGCAUGCACGCGUCCAUGGACCAGCAAGGCAUCUCGCCUCGGCCGACAAUUCGCGACUCCAAAGUUCAACGGCCGAACGCUGCUAUGGUCAGGCGCAGCAACGGGGGCUGCGGGGGGCGCGAUACUCAGCCCACUCGCAUUUGUCCAGGUCGCCAAAGACGAGUCGGAUCAUGGAGAAAAGACGCACGAGGAGGCCAUGCUGGAGGCGUCGCGCAAGGAACUGAAUGAGCAGGUGCCCCAUGCGCUGAGGAACUCUUCCAAGUACAGACGGGGCAUAUACUUCCUCAUCGACGACUACAUCAUCGAGCCCAUAGCUACCGGAUUCCGCUUUCUCCAUCUCAUCAUCAUCUUCGUGCCAGUCAUAGUGACGAUACCUGCGAUAUGGCUUGGAUCACGGCAGCCGGAUAGGGACAACGAGCGGAGCGGGACACUGUGGUGGUAUGGCUUCCUGGUCGGAUCCAUGGAGAGGGCUGGUGCUGCCUUCAUCAAGCUUGGGCAAUGGGCAGCCUCCCGAACAGACGUCUUUCCGACCGAGAUGUGUCUCAUUAUGUCAACCCUCCACUCCAACGCCCCGGCGCAUACACUGCAAACCUCGAAGCGAACAAUCGAGGCGGCAUUUGACGGACAGAGCUUCGACGAUAUUUUCGAGGAGUUUGACGAGAAACCACUGGGCGUGGGCGCCAUCGCGCAGGUAUACAAGGCAAAGCUGAAGCCACACCUUGCCACGCUAGAGGACAACUCGAUCGAUCGAAAAGAAGCCAAUCUAGCGCGUCGGAUCAAGAAGAACGUCGACGUGACGCUGAAGAGCUCACCCUCGAGAGUGCCAUCCAGCCAUGUUGCCAUCAAGGUUCUCCAUCCCAACAUCGAGAAGAUAGUUCGGAGAGACUUGCGUAUAAUGGGUUUCUUCGCGGCUAUUAUCAACGCCAUACCCACCAUGGAGUGGUUGUCGUUUCCCGAUGAAGUGGAACAGUUUGGUGAGAUGAUGAGACUGCAAUUAGAUCUACGCAUCGAAGCCGCGAACCUCACCCUCUUCCGACGAAACUUCAAAGACCGAACCACUGCCUGGUUUCCUUAUCCUUACACGGAAUACACUACGCGCAACGUGUUGAUCGAGGAAUUCGCCCAGGGUAUUCCUAUGGAAGACUUUUUACAAAAUGGAGGUGGAGUAUUUCAAAAGGACAUUGCAGAUGAAGGCUUGGAUGCCUUUCUUACCAUGGUCCUUAUCGACAACUUUAUCCAUGCCGACCUACAUCCAGGAAACAUAAUGGUCCGGUUCUAUAAACCCGAGCAGCUAGACGUCUCAAUCUUCGCCAGAAAGGAAGAUCGAAGGACCGGCCCCAAAGAGUCGCUCGAUGUUACCGAAGAGGUACUUGAGCGCCUGCGGCCACACAAGAAAGAUUCCCAGCAGUGGAAAGCGAAGCUACAAGAGAUCGAUAACGAAGGAUAUCGACCACAGCUCAUCUUCAUCGAUACGGGUUUGGUAACAGAACUCAAUGGAAAGAAUCGCGCCAAUUUUCUGGAUCUCUUCAAGGCUGUUGCCGAGUUUGAUGGUUACAAGGCAGGACAUCUGAUGGUAGAGAGAUGUAGACAGCCAGAUGCAGUACUCGACGGAGAAGUCUUUGCUUUGCGCAUGCAACAUUUGGUCUUGGGAGUCAAGAGCCGUACUUUCGCUCUUGGCAACAUCAAGAUUGGAGAUAUCCUUAACGAGGUUCUCUCUAUGGUGCGAACGCAUCAUGUACGGCUUGAAGGCGACUUUGUAAACGUUGUUCUUAGUAUCCUCCUCCUAGAGGGUAUUGGAAGGAGUUUGAACCCAAACCUGGAUCUCUUUGCAGGUGCUCUGCCAAUACUUCGACAACUCGGCACGCAAAGUGGCUCUUCGAUGAUUCGUGGAGGCGACUUUUCGAUGCUCAAGGUCUGGGUCGGUCUUGAGGCGCGCAGCUUCUUGCAAGCCUCGAUUGAUACGGUCGAACGAUGUGUCAAGUCCGACCAGCUUUCCCCGAAUAUAUAA